UCUGAAGGCAGUUUGGCAAUGCCAGCUUUCCCCACCUUCAGCAGCCAGCCCCACGGCCGAUGUUACUGCUGCCACACGCGGCAUUGCUCGCUUCACCGGCCAAGGAGCUGCAUCUCCAGAUGCCCUCAGACCACGCGGCCUUAUCCAGGACGGGAAGCAGCUCCCUUUCCCUGCCCAGGCUGAGGGCACUCAACAGGCUGCAAGUAAUAUUGCAACAUCUGAAAAUGUCUAAGCAGACAGACUCAGCAGCAGAAGUGUUGUUGGAAAAGAAAGGAGGUGCAGGAAUAAUAACUCUGAAUAGACCCAAGGCUCUCAAUGCACUAAAUCUGUCUAUGAUCAAAAAAAUUUAUCCUCAAAUAAAGACAUGGGAGCAAGAUCCUGAAACUUUUCUAAUAAUUAUAAAGGGAACUGGAGGAAAAGCUUUUUGUGCUGGGGGUGACAUCCGAGCCAUCACAGAAGCGGGAAAGGUUGGAGAUAAACUGAUACAAGAUUUCUUCAUCGGAGAAUACAGACUGAACAAUGCCAUUGGCACCUGCAAGAAGCCAUAUGUGGCACUUAUUGAUGGCAUUACAAUGGGAGGGGGAGUUGGUGUCUCAGUCCAUGGACAUUUUCGAGUUGCUACAGAAAAGACUGUUUUUGCCAUGCCAGAAACAGCAAUAGGCCUUUUCCCUGAUGUAGGUGGAGGGUAUUUCCUGCCAAGGCUCUCAGGAAAGAUUGGCUAUUACCUCGCGCUGACGGGCUGCAGGCUGAAAGGAAGAGAUGUGCUAAGAGUUGGCAUCGCUACACAUUUUGUAGAAUCUGAAAAGCUACCUGCCUUGGAGAAAGACCUGAUAGCACUGAAAUCUCCUUCAAAAGAAAAAAUUGCAGAUUUAUUGAACUCUUACCACAUGAAGUGCACAAUUGAUCAAGAAAAGGAGUUUGCACUUGAUGAACAUAAGGAGAAGAUUAACAGUCUUUUUUCAGCAGAUAGUAUGGAAGAAAUUGUUAAAAAGUUAAAGCAAGAUGGUUCUCCCUUUGCCAUGAAGCAGCUAGAGACUCUUAAUAAGAUGUCACCCACAUCUUUAAAGCUGACUCUCAGACAGCUCAGGGAGGGAGCUUCCAUGAGCUUACAGGAGGUACUCCGGAUGGAAUACAGACUGAGCCAAGCGUGCAUGAAAGGCCAUGACUUCUAUGAAGGGGUUCGAGCAGUGCUGAUUGACAAAGACCAGUCCCCCAAAUGGAAGCCAGCUGCUCUGGAAGAAGUCAGCGAUGAAUUUGUGGACAAUUGUUUUAAACCACUGGGAAACGACGAUCUCAAGCUGUAAAGAUCAAACCUAUUGACAUCUUAUCUCUCUGCUUAGUUCUGUGAUACAGAAAUUAACUGCAGUGUGAUCAAUUUGGACAAGACUUUUUUAGCUAGCCUGAGAUUCACAAGUUUUUUUUCUUUCUUUUUUUUUUUUUUUUUUUUGCAUUCAGGAACAUUCUCUGUAAUGAGAAAAUAAUUGUAUCUCUGGUUAAUAAUGGGAAAAAUCACUUCAAGGCAAAUUGUUAUUUUUACUGCUUUACAGAGUGAUUAACAUUUAAUUUUUUGCAUCAACUCUUAGUUCAGGAGGAGCCCUUGGGGAAAAGAGCACAGUUUAAGGGGUGACCUAAUAAGCAAAAAGUCAAGAGACCUUUUAUGUUCUUGGCUUUGUUACUGAUCUGGUAAAUUGGGAUUGUACCACAGAUUAUUCUGUGUACAAUGAAAAUAAAAUAUGGUUAAACCUUUAAUGCAGUUAGAGCUACAAAGGAAAAUGCAAGACAGAAUCCAUGAUGUUAAAUAUCCUUUUAAAUAAAAGCUCAGACUGAUAUAUUAUUAGUCUGAGAACAAGAAAUUGUUCUAUUGAUUAAACAUUUGUCAUUUUUCA